AUGAUUCGAUGCCAAAAGGAUUUCUGGAAAUCACCAGAACCUGUACCUGAGAACUCAACAGACUAUAGGUGGAAGUGGUUUAAGAACUGUUUAGGAGCAUUAGAUGGAACCUAUAUUAGAGUGAAGGUACCAGAACGAGAGAAACCAAAGUAUAGAACAAGGAAGGGUGAAAUAGCAACGAAUGUUUUGGCAAUUUGCUCUCAAGACUUGCAGUUUAUAUAUGUUUUGGCUGGAUGGGAGGGUUCUGCACAUGAUAGUCGAGUCCUUAAAGAUGCUCUGAGUAGGAGAAAUGGAUUAAAAGUUCCUAAUGGUUAUUAUUACUUAGUGGAUGCUGGUUACACCAACGGAACAAGCUUCCUUGCACCUUUUAGAGGACAACGUUAUCAUCUUAAUGAUUGGAAGGAUGGCCAUCGACCUGAGACACCAAAUGAAUUUUUCAAUAUGAAACAUUCAAGUGCUAGAAAUGUUAUUGAGAGGUGUUUCGGUUUAUUAAAAAUGCGUUGGGCAAUUCUUAGGAGUCCAUCCUUUUAUGAUAUUAUAACACAGCGUCGUAUAAUUUCUGUGUGUUGUAUGCUUCAUAACUUUAUAAGAAAAGAGAUGGCUUUGGAUCCUAUUGAACAUCAAGUGGACAAUCAGCUUGUAAAUGGAACGUUGGAAACAAAUGAUUACAUUGGUACAGUUGAGUCCUUAGACGAUUAG